AUGAGAAACGGAUCAAAUUCGAGGCGAGUGUAUCUGGACCAUGCAGCAUCAACGUUACCAUCUGAAUCACAGUUAGCAUCGGUUGGACGUGAUCUCAUGGAUUUGACUCUGAUUCUACAACAAUUCAAUACGAAUUCGGAUUACUACAGUGUCAUAUUCACUUUGAAUGCAACGCACUCAUUGAAAAUAGUCGCUGAAUGCUUUGAUUUCGGCGAUGUCCACUCUCCAGGGUGUCAUCUUACGAGCAAAUUCGAUCCUAAUUCGGGUACGCCGAUGUUUGUAUACAUGAACGAUGCACAUACGUCUGUGGUUGGCAUGCGCGAACUGAUCAAAAUACGUUGUGGUCAAAUUUAUUGUGUGCACUUUGAUGAAAUGGUUAAGAUUAUAUCACAAUUUAAUACCACUGCAAACAAGCUUGAUAAAAACACUGAUAAUAACAGCACCAAUCAGCGCUCAGUGAAUCGGAAUCUGUUUGUUAUCACUGCGAUGAGUAACUUCUGUGGCCGCAAAUAUCCGCUCAGUGUUAUCGAACAAAUUCACAGUCUGAAAGCAAGUCAGAAUUUCGUUUGUUUAGAUGCAGCUUCAUUGGUUUCCACCUCAUUCCUUGAUCUGUCAGUGUAUAAACCUGAUUUUGUUACAAUUUCGCUGUACAAGAUGUUCGGAUAUCCAACGGGUGUAGGUGCAUUACUGGUUCAUAAUGACAGUCGUGGUUCACUAACGAAACAAUAUUUUGGUGGUGGAACUGUCGAUUUGGUUGAUUACCACCGAUUUACUGUUCAUCGUAACAGCAAUUUUGUACAGAGUUUCGAGGAUGGCACGAUCAAUUUUUAUGGUAUAGCGUCACUGAAGAAUGGAUUCGAUGAUUUGCACUCAUUUGGCAUCAAAGUGAUACAACAGAAAACAUUCGCAUUAGCAUCUCGGCUUUAUCAUAUUCUUGAUCAACGAACUCAUCCGAAUGGUGCGAAAAUAGCUGACAUUUAUGGAAUUAACUGGAGAUAUGAUAGUAGUGAUGAACAAGGUCCAAUUGUGACAUUCAAUUUGUUGCGAGAAGAUGGUAGCUGGAUUGGUUAUACAGAGGUUGCUUACAGCUCACUUUUCGUUUGCUGUGAUUCAGGCACUCUUCAUUUGUUCUUCAGAGAACGGGCCAAUUCGCUACAUGACGAGGAGGACGAGCUCUCCAUGGGAUUACCAACAAUUACGAACCUUCGCAUGCAACGUUUUUCAUGGCGUUCUAAGUCCGGCAACGGAAGAGCGCAGUUUUUCGGUGCUGAUGCUAAACGCUGGCAAAACACUGAAUGCAAUUUGCAGGUUGAGAAGAUGUGUGAUUUGUUUGGUAUAGAAGUGCGCUAUGGAUGCUUAUGCAAUCAAGGCUCAUGUCAAAGAUAUUUAUCAAUUUCUCAGAAGCAGCUCAUUCACAACCAUUUGAAAGGUAAAAUUUGUGACGAUGCAAUCGAUCUUAUCGAUGGGAAGCCAGUUGGUGUGGUUCGCGUCUCUUUCGGAAGACAGUCUUCAGAUCGUGUACAGUGUAAAGUAAAACUGUCAGGACUAGAGUAUGACAGACAGUGGAUGGUAACAAGAAAUAGAAACGCUCUUUCUCAAAGCAGGAAUCCAUCACUGUGCUUCAUCCAACCUCAGAUUGCCAACAAUAAACUAAUUGUCACUUCGAGAAGUGCUGGAUUCGAUAUCGAGCUAGCACUGGAAAAUAACGAUAGUACUCUGAUGAAUGAUGCACGUAUGUGUGCUACCAGGAUGUCAACAAUUGACUGUGGUAAUGAGGUAGCUGCAUGGAUCAACGAGCAUCUGGACACGAAUGGAUGCCGUCUUAAUCGCAUUUCUACAUACCCAUCAGCUCAUCUCGAAGGUUCAAAAGGCGCUAAUUUGAGUAAUAAAAGUCCGUAUUUGUUGAUAAAUCGUUCCUCUGCAAGACAUCUAGCAAAUCUAAUCGGUGCCGACGUCGAUGAGGUAAUCAAACGAUUCCGAGCGAAUCUGGUCAUUGAUGGUAUUGACAGCUUCAUUGAGGACCAUAUCCGUUCUAUCACCAUCGACACUAUUCGAUUCAAUGUACUUUCAUUCAUUUCUUGUCGUUUGAAUAUUCGUUAUGAACCUGUAGUUGGCCAUUGUUCACGUUGUCAAAUGAUUUGUAUCGAUCAAGGGGACGGAACAAAAGAUGCGACUUUGCUGACUGCUCUCAGAGAUUUUCGAGCGGGAUCAAAGAUAACGUUUGGCAUCUACUUGGAACUGGAUGAACGUUUCGAUGGAGCAUUUCUGCGAACCGGAAUGAGCGUUUCCUACAAUAUCAGUGCAAAUAAUAGUAAUUAUAAUGAUGACAGUUACACUCACAAUGAUAAUAUAAAUAAGUAA